CGUAAACAAAAAGGUAAUUUGAGAGCAAACGAACAAAAAAAAAUUAAAAUCAUGUCUCAUUCGGAAACCGAAAGAAUGCAAGCAAAAGUACAAAUGUUUUUGUUGGAAAAACGCACAAAUGAAUUACCGCCAGAGUGGAAGACGCCUGAAUUCUUAGACUCUUUCAUCAAAAAAUUUCUGGGACAGAAAAUAAAGUUGAAAGAAAGUCAAAAAGAACCUUUUUACUCGAGUUUCUACAACAAAAUGAAGACAUUCAAGGACUUGCAUCCAUCAGACAAGAAUACUGAGUCGUUCAAGAGAUAUUUGACGAACGAAAUGAACGCAUUACUUGGUAGAUCUUCCAAAAACCGGGAUGAGUUUGAUAUUGAUUUGGAAAUGGAUGACUACGAAGACACAAAAAAGGACGAAAUAAAAUCCAAAAAAUCUGAAAUUAAAAAGCCAGAAGUACAAAAGAGCUCGACAUCUACAAAAAAGGUCGAAGAAACAAAAAUAAGUGAUAAAAAGAAGGAAAAAGAAGCUGAAUCUCACACGAAAAAGUCGGAAGACACAAAACCCUCGAACAGUUCGGAAAAGAAGACCAACACUCUCUUCGACAGUUGGAAAAUACCGAAAUUAUCAAAGAAACAGGACGAAGAGAAGAAAUGUGAGAAUGACACAAAAGGAACAAUAGACACAAAAUCUGACAUUUCUGCAGAAAAGAAAUCACAACAGGUAGAAAAACAGGCAGAUGAUGCAAAAAAUAGUACAAAAGAAUUCUCAAAACCUGCCAAAAUAUCUGAAACUCGACGUCUUUCACAACGACGCUCAACUUUAGAAGUCAGUCCUACUAAAAAUACGGAAAAAAUGAAGCGAAAAUCCGAUGAUAUCUCAAAUGAAACCCCAAAAUCCGAAUUUGUUGAGCCCGUUGAACGCGUCAAAGCAACAGCUAAACGUCGCUCAAGCAUUAACGUCGAUUCAAUCGCUUUGUCGAAUCCAUUAGAAGCAAUCAAAAAAAUCCAACAACGAAGACCAUCGCUAAUGAUCGCACUUGAAACUGUUCCAUCGACAUCUACUGCACCUGUUGAGUCUGUAGUUAAGCCUAAAAUCGUAGAAAAGCCUGUAACUUCGUCGAUUUUGAAGCCAAUUGAAGAAAUCAAUCGUCGUCAAGUCACUAUUGAACCCCCUGUUGAAGAAGAAGCCGUUCCUGAAGACGAACCGAGAAUGGAAACGCCAGUAAAAGCUAAAAAAGGCAAGAAAAAGCACAAACCUGGUCCAAAAUCGCGAACCAGAACGAAUUCGACGACAUCUUCCAACAACGAUGUUGACUUUAGCUCGCCUCCGGUACAAGCAAAUGUCGAUAAAAGUCAACAAUCGUGUGACAUUUCAAAGUUGCUUGAUGAAAAAAGCCCAAAAGACUUGAGUUUAAAGAUUUCUGGCACCCAAUCGCAACUUUGCAACAAUUAUAUGGAGCUAAAUGAGCAACUCAACAUCCUCACGUUAUCCAAAGGUGUCGAACAAGAAAAAACUCUUAUUGAUUUGUUGACUUUGAAGGAGCUUCUCUACUGGCCCGGCGUCGGAAUCAAAGUCGAACUCAAAGGUUUCACGAUUCAGCGACAUAUUGUAGGCAACAUCCGACAAGAAGCCGUCAAACAAAACUGCACGAACAACCUUUGGAAUCACAACCAGCCAAACGAUCAAUCGAUUUAUCGUCACUACGCCUCGAAAGCGGAUAAGAGUCUCGCUAGUUUGCAGGAAAAUGUUGACAUCUCCCUCGACUACAUUCGUACAAUCAUCGAAAUUAUGCUCGUUAAAUGUCUUCCGCUUUGCGGCAAGAAGCUCCAAAAGACGUUUGAGACGAUUUUCGAUGCGAUUCUUAUUGAUCUCGAUCACAAGGACUUCAAAAGGUUCUUCCAAAAUACGCCUUACAGCUACUUUCUGAACAAGUACAAAUAUUUCCGUAUCUUCGAGCACGACGUCGAAUUGAGUUCUGAUGCAGUUUUGCUCGUGGAACGGGAAUUUUUCAAUCCGGAAGUCGUUUUUAGUGUUCCAAAGUGCGAUUUUCAGGAGUUAAAGCCCUCGAACUACACCGAGUACAUCGAAUACUUCAAGAGUAUUUGCGUGUCGAAGAACGAAGAAGACGUCGCCGACUUCCAAAUUUCCCUAAAUAACGGAUUCUCGCUUUACUGUGUCGAGUGUGGCGUGCAAUUCAAGUCUGCGAACAAAAUUCGUGAAAUGAGCGAACAUCUCAAGUCGUACCGUUCGAAGAAAUUGAACUGCGUCAAGUGCGAGUUCUCCGCCGACAUGCGAGAAAUCAUCAAAGGUGAAUGGGUUCAUGAAUGUUUAGUGCCUUAAUGUUCAAUUUUUCCAUUAAAAAAGCUUUUUAUGAAUAAAAAUUCCA